AGAUUCACAAUCUCUCUCAGAUAUUCAUAGGUAUUGGACACAAGGAAAAGCUUAACACCACACAAGGAAUCUAGCCAGGAGUUUCAAAAUCUCUUGUUCUUAACUUCUGUUUUUCUGCCAAAAAUGAGGCCUUCUUUUCUCAUACUUGCAAUCUCUCUUCUGCUUUUAUCCCUUUUCCUUUCUGGGGCUCAGGGUAUUCGCCUUAAGAAAGAACUUCUCUUCUCAUUUGGGCAUCUUAAAGCUCAUAAUAUGCAUGAAGAGAAAGGUGACUCUUUGAAGAAAGAAAGUUCAGAUUUUAUGCUCUGCAAAGAAGGGCAUGAGUGCAGUUCAUCAGGAAUGACUAGAAAACUUAUUACCUCAACUGCCCCUCCUCCUUCUCCUUCUACCACCGCUUCAAAUAAGAAUGAGGAGAAUAAAGCUAACCCUACAACAAAAGGCAAAUCAUCGACGUCGCCAAGUAGAGAUGGAGAAACUCAGAGCAAGCAAGGAAAAUUUCCCUCAAAAUCACCACCAAGUUCCGAGCAGUAUGUGGACAUUACAGACAUAGCAGAAAUGGACUAUUCUCCAGCAAAAAAGAAACCUCCAAUUCACAAUUAAAGUUUUAUUUAAUAAAAGGGAAACACAAAUCAGGAAAUUCUGCAGUUUUUAGGCUUAGAUUUGAUUUUUGUUCAUAUAUUAAUGUUCUUAAUUACACCAUCAUCAUCUUACAUAAUUGAGAACUUUUUCUAGUGGCUCACUUUAGGCAUUGUAACCCAUUAUUCAUCAGAGUCAAUUGAAUAGAACAUCAAAAUUUAAUGAUGAUUAGUAUAA